GAGUCGAAGGUUGUCUACGGGAGUACAGAUCGCUGCAAUGGAUCCAACAGCUGUCAAACGAUUAAAUUAACUAGAUUAGAGACAUCCAACCAUAUGUUGCGAAUAUUUAAGUAUUUAUUAAACCUUGAUAGUAGAAGUAGGUUGGAACAGUUUGAUUGUUGGCUAUAGUGGAAAAAUCUGGAUUUUGUUAAACUGAUCGAUCAAAACUGCGGAUCGCGUUUGAGUUGCAAGUUGACUAGCUGGCCAUCUUGAGUUUGCUGAACUGGUCGACCAGCUAGUUUACCUGCGAGGUGAUAGCUUGUUAGCCUGCUAUUCAGCCUCCAACUGCUAGCUUGAGUUCUUCAUUCAAACGUUUGGCAUUGGACUGUGCAGCCGGUGUGGCCUGUCAGGGCAUCAUGGCUGACAGCAGUAUCAUUACCUUGGGCACUGCUCGCAGUUUGCUGGUGGACGUGUCUGUCUGCGACUCCAGGAUGGUCGACCACACGUUCCUGGACGUGGCUUGUGAUGACAUGGAAGACAUGCUGCCGCGAGUGGAGACCCGUGUGGUGCUGGUGGGAGAUGCAGGCCAAAAUGAAGCGCUUGUCAAAGCACUCCAGGCCAUCUCAGUGAUGGAGGUUCCUGUGGUUAAGCUAAAGGGCGGAGAACCAGGCCUCAAUGCCGGAGAGAAGCUCAUGAUUAAGUCUAUAAUCAAUAUGGACAUCAACAAAACCUGCUUAAAGACGGACAACAUCCGGGAGUUCGGGGACGGCGAGAAUGCCGAGUUUGAGACGGUGUUUGUGCUCAAGGACUUCGACACGCCCGACUACAACUACCUGUACACGAACGACAACCGCAUCGUGGGCCCCCCUGUGGUGCUGUACUGUGCCGGGAGGGAGGAGCCUCUCCCGUUCUCCUCACGGCCUCUCUACUCCACCACCAUGCUGAACCUCUCCCUGUGUUUCACUGGCUUCAGGAACAAGGAGGAAGUGAAAAACCUGGUGAACCUGGUGCACCACAUGGGCGGUACAAUCCGGAAGGACUUCAGCACCAAGGUGUCCCACCUCAUCGCCUACUCCACGCACGGAGAGAAGUACAAGCUGGCCGUGUGCAUGGGGACCCCCAUCCUCACCCCCGCCUGGAUCCACAAGGCCUGGGAGCGCAGGGAUGAGGUAACCUUCCAUGCCGGCGACGAGGAGUUCCGCACCGAGUUCAAGGUCCCGCCCUUCCAGGACUGCGUGCUGAGUUUCCUGGGCUUCUCCGAGGAGGACAAAACCAACAUGGAGGAGAGGACCCUCAAACACGGUGGUCUCCAUCUGGAGGUGGGAGAUGAGAAGUGCACCCACAUGGUGGUCGAGGAGAACUCCGUGAAGGAGCUGCCCUUCGCACCAGCCAAGAAGCUUUACGUGGUCAAACAGGAGUGGUUCUGGGGCAGCAUCCAGAUGGAUGCCAGGGCAGGAGAGUCCAUGUACUCCUAUGAGAGGUCGGACAGCCCGGCGAUGAAAAAGGCUGUGUCGCUCCUCUCCCUCAACACGCCCAACAGCAACCGCAAGCGGCGGCGCCUCAGGGACACCCUGGCCCAGCUCACCAAGGAGACGGACAUCUCGCCCUUCCCCCCGCGCAAGCGCCCCUCGGCCGAGCACUCCAUGUCCAUGGGCUCCCUGCUGGACUUCUCCAACACCCCGGACACGUGCAAGGCCCUGGCAGAGAGUUCCAGGCCGUCAAAGAGCUCCGCCCCGGCUUCGGGCAAGCAGUCAGCCAGGUGGCACGUCUCCAAGGAGCUGUACCAGACCGAGAGCAACUACGUGGGCAUCCUCUCCACCGUGCUGCAGCUGUUUAAGAUCCCCCUGGACAAGGAGGGCCAGGUGGGCGGGCCCAUCCUGGCCCCAGAGGAAAUGAAGACCAUAUUUGGCAGCAUCCCCGAAAUCUACGACGUCCACACCAGGAUCAAGGCUGACCUGGAGGAGCUGGUGAUGGACUGGUCUGAGGACAAGAGCGUGGGAGACAUCAUCCUCAAAUAUUCUAAAGACCUGGUCAAGGCCUACCCGCCGUUCGUCAACUUCUUUGAGAUGAGCAAGGAGACCAUCGUCCGCUGUGAGAAACAGAAGCCGCGCUUCCACGCCUUCCUCAAGAUCAACCAGUCCAAGCCAGAGUGUGGUCGUCAGACCCUUGUGGAGCUGCUCAUCCGUCCUGUGCAGAGACUACCCAGUGUGGCGCUGCUGCUCAACGACAUAAAGAAGCACACGUCCGAGGACAACCCUGACAAGGUCACCCUGGAGAGAGCCAUCGAGUCCCUCAGGGAGGUGAUGACCCACAUCAACGAGGACAAGAGGAAGACGGAGGGGCAGAAACAGAUCUUUGAUGUCGUUUACGAGGUGGACGGCUGCCCGGCCAACCUGCUGUCCUCCCAUCGUAGUCUGGUCCACCGCGUGGAGACCAUCGCCCUGGGAGACAAGCCGUGCGACCGCGGUGAAAACGUCACCCUCUUCCUCUUCAACGACUGCCUGGAGAUUGCCAGGAAGCGUCACAAGGUGAUCAGUACGUUCCGGAGCCCCCUGGGACAGACCAGACCCCCGGCCCACCUCAAACACAUCACCCUCAUGCCCCUGUCCCAGAUCAGGAGGGUGCUGGACCUGCAGGACACUGAGGAUUGCCAGAAUGCCUUUGCCCUGGUGGUGCACCCGCCCACCGAGCAGGAGAACCUGCUGUUCAGCUUCCAGCUGAGCGGGGAGGACACCGCCAAGACGGCCUGGCUCAGGAUGCUCUGCAGACACAUCGCCAACACCAUCUGCAAGGCCGACGCGGAGGACCUGAUCCAGAACACGGAGCCUGACUCGGUGCAGGUCAGCACCAAGGACAUGGACAGCACCCUGAGCAAGGCCUCGCGGGCCAUCAAGAAGACCUCCAAGAAGGUGACCAGGGCCUUCUCCUUCACCAAGACCCCCAAGCGUGUGAUCCAGCGGGCCUUCAUGGCCAGCAGCACCCCAGACGACAGGAGCCCCCGGCUGGCCUCCCACAACAUGGGCCGCAUGGGCAGCAGCUCCACCCUGGCGGCAGCCCAUUCUCCCUCCAUGGUCAACCUGUCCUCCAUGUUCGAGAGGAAGUACCACACGUUCAGCCGAUCGACCACCCACCUCAUCUGAGUUCUCCCUCACCCGCCCUCUCCUCCUCCCUCACCCCCCCCCCCCCUCCCCUCCGGGGCGACAGACGGAUACGGAAGCGCAGGCGCGAUGGACACACUACUGUAACUUGGGUUCCGUUUGGGCCGUUCCCUCGGGUUAAUAUGCUAUGGUACUGCACUGUGUUAGGGUCUAAAGUGUUUGAGUGAUACAGGCUGUGUGGUCGUUCUGGCUGGUCAAAAUGAAGGACGCUCUCGUAUGAACAAUGCUACGAAAUGACCCGCCGUGCUUUGUUGGCACUUUUUACUUUUGGCUUAUCGAAUUAACAGUCACUUAUAUAUUUUAUUUUUUUGAGAUUUAGUUUCACAGACGUAUUCUAUGUAGAUUUUGACGUAGUGGGUUUGCAGCCGUCACCUAAACGAUUAACCAAUGAAAGUAUUUUUCUUUGUUUUAUAGGAACAAGCCUGUUGGUUUCAGUUGUUAAUAGCGUCCAGCUUUUAUAAAGCUCUCGAAUAGUUUUUAGUUUUCAUGCAAAGGAUCAGGAUUAGGGGGGAAUUCAAGCAAACUGAAAAAUGUCGAUGUGCAUUUGUUUCUUGUUUUUAAGAAGCCGAUGGUUUUACUCCGUCAAGGUUUUCUGUUUGAGAAGGGAAAGGGUGUCAUCAAGUAGUCUAUAUAUUUAUUCUUCAGAAUCAUUUUAUAAAUCUAUACAAAAAAGGUAUGUUUCUCUUAUCCUCCCCUCCUAUUCUUUUUGUCUUCUUACUAUUUGUGUUGAUUUUGUGUUUGUCUCCUUUUGGUUUGUUAUACCUUUUUUUCAAUGUUCUUAUUUGUUUAUUUGUUUUUGUAUGUAUCAAAUGCUUUUUCACAUGACUGAUUUAGUAUAUUUCUACUGUUUUAUUCGGUUAUGAUACGCCGUUAUCCAUUCUUGUCACCAGCUGAAUAAAAAAAAAAAAAGACAUUCAUAUUUUCACCCCAUUUAUUUGUCUUGAAAAGUGACUGUUAUUAUGUCAAGUCACUGACUGGUUGAAAGUGAUUGUAUCCAUUUGUUAAAUUUUAAUAAAAUUCCCGCUUUAUAUUA